AUGUUGCGGUGGAGUUUAUUAGCGCUUGUAGCGCUUCUCGCUUACACUAGCGCUAUCGACACUACCUCUAGAUUCCCUGAGUUACAAGCAGGACAAGCAGCGGAUAGUGAUGAAAUGGUCAGCAAUCUUCUACAAUGGAUUCAAGGCUUAUACCAACAGAAGAAUAGGAAAGCACGUCAAUACUUUGGAGGGAAACCUGAACGACCAAGGCCAUUUGAACCGGCAUCUUAUCUUCCACCUACUGGUUAUCCUCCAGCAGGAAGCCGCCCUACACCAUCGUACAGCGAGGGUCCAUCUCCUUCAAGCCCAUCGUAUCAACCUAGCUCGCCCUUCCUACCCAGUAAAACUGAGGAACCACCAGCAUUACCAAGUCAACCAUCGUAUCAACCAAGUGUACCUGGCUAUCAACCUAGUCAAUCAACCUCACCGACUUAUCAGCCUAGCCAGCCGUCCCAACCUUCGUACCAACCAAGUCAACCUUCGUACCAACCAAGCCAACCUUCUCAACCUCCGUAUCAGCCAAGUCAACCCUAUAAGCCUUAUCAGCCGAGUCAACCAACAGAACCGUCUUAUGAACAAAGCAAACCUUCUCAACCAGAUUACCAGCCUAGUCAACCUUCUCUGCCUGACAAUCAAGCGACUUCCCCGUCAUAUCAACCAUCACAACCUAACUACCCGUCUCCACAACCUGAAAAUCCUACCAGUGGAAAUAUUCCAACUACUCCACAAUUGCCUUCUGGUCCUGAUGAUGAUGACCGUCAUCCACCACACAUCCAUGAAAUCACAGUUGACUGUGGAAAACAGAUGAUGACUAUCAAUAUUGAAUUCAACAAAGCUUAUAAUGGCAUAAUCUAUUCUCAAGACCAUUUUAAGGAUUCCGACUGUGUAUACGUGAGGGAAAACUCAAAUCAAAUUAAAUACUCAUUUACUGUCAGUCUUGACAAAUGUGGAACAAGAUUUUUCAGUGACUUUGAAAAUGAAGGCCAAGCUUAUUUGGAAAACGUUUUAGUUCUUCAGAAUGAACCCGGUAUUCAGGAGGUAUGGGAUCACAUCCGCAGAGUUAGAUGUCUUUGGGAAGGAAACCUAACUAAGCAACUAGUAUCAUCACUUAGUGUUGGCAUGUUGAAUCAAAUCACAAGCAACUUCAGCGGUGACACAGCUAUGGCCAGAUUAGACAUACAAGCUGGAAGAGGACCAUUUGCUCCCGAAGCCAACGGUUUAAUCAAAAUCGGAGAAAUAAUGACUUUAGUAGUCUCUGUAACCGGUGACGCAGGGUUUGAUAUUUUAGUACGAGAAUGCAUAGCCAGAGACUCCGGAAACAAUCACGUUGUACCGUUAACCGAUUCCAAUGGUUGUGUUCUUAAACCGAAACUCUUCGGUUCGUUCCAGAAAACACGUGAAACGGGUAAUACAGGAGCUUCGAUUAUCGCUUACGCCUACUUCAAUGCAUUCAAGUUUCCAGAUGAAAUGGACUUAAUAAUCCAAUGUGAAGUCGAACUUUGUAAGACCGAUUGCGAUGUCUGCCCUAACCCUGGUAGUGUUGAACCGAGAAGAAAAAGACGUGAUGUCAUCCACAUAGGUAAUAGAACUUACGACCCAGUAACGACAAUCGAAAAGGGCCUAAGAGUGGUCUUUGCUGAAGAUCUUCCUCGGGAGACCGGUAUUUGUAUUUCGCCGACUGCAGCGCUAUGGGGUGGAUUUUUAGUUUUAACAGGAUCCUUGAUGAGCAGUCUAGUAGUCUCGUACUGCUGGCAUAGAUCGCACGGGUCUCUUAAAUUCUCCUGA